AUGAAGCCUUCCGAAGACGAUAAGCAAAGCGUUGAGGCCGUAGUCCAAGAGUGCACAUUAUCUUUUGGUAAGUCCGAAUCUUGCCCUUCAGCAGGAAUCGGAUCCGAUGAAGCCGAAGAAAGUGACGAGGACAUGGGUUUUGGUUUAUUCGACACUCCCCCUCCUAGGGAAAUUACGCCACCAGAGGGAUGCCACUCUAGGUUCUUUUCGCAUUAUUCUAGAGAACGUGGAGGGAGUCCGACCAAAGAAAACGGCAGAGGCCGCGGUGGCCGACGCACUACCCCACCAUCUCAGAGUAGAGAGACAGCCACCCGCUCAGCGGGUUCACCAGCUCAAAGCGCCUCUUUGGCUCAAUUUCUGCUAGUCCGCCUCUUCGCUUUCACAACAUCGGAUAUGAGCAAUCCUUCCGAUCGCCAACUACACUUACUGGCAGUGCCAAUGGUAUGUUCGGUCCAAUGGCAUCGGCUGGUCCGUCCUCUCAGUUUGGUGCAGCGGCGGUCGAAGAACGUUUUGAGGCCCUUGGCUCCACCUAAAGAAAUAACAGACAUUGAAAAAGUCAUUUCCAUCAUCGAGCUGCAAGACUUCGAGGGCUCCUGGACUGAGGCGACGCAGCUUACCAGUACCAUGGGUAUCAAGGAAAAAAUCCUGUGUACAAAGAUGGAAUCGUACUGGAUCACCUGGGUGGUUGUUGCGUUUCUGGAGCAAAAGAUGGGCAAAGAGAGGGAGACUUGGGAUCUGGUGAUUUGCAAGGCAAAAACGUGGUUGAAGGGGAAUUUUUUUCGGACGGAGGUCUUGGAGGCGGAGGCUCGUCAAGUUAUUCAACAGUGGAAUUGA